AAAAGUGCCGCAACGUUUAAUUAAAUACAGAAAACAAACUUUUCUUAUUGAAUACACCGACAUGUUCUCCGAGUUGGUUCAACUGUGAGAUUCAGUUAUGCUUUCAAUUAGUCAAUUUCGCUUGUACAACGGCGUAAGUUUUUACCAAAAAGUUCUGUAUAUACGAUAGAGUGUAUUUGACAGAUCCCAUGGAAGGAAAUAAAGUGACAAUAGUUGAAGAAAUUCAAGUAUUUUUACCCACUAUCAGCAGUCAAAGUGAAUUUCUUGAAGAACUUAGUUUAACCAAAGACACCUCAUGUGGUUUAUGGUUUAUAAAAGGAGCUUUUCUUCAAAAAUUUGCCAACAAAAAAGCUUAUGUGAUUUUGUAUGGUAUUCUUGGAUGCUUUUUUUCAGCAGCCUACUCUUAUUUUAAUGGUACUAUCACAACACUGGAAAAGAGAUUUAAAAUUCCAAGUCGUACCACAGGGAUAAUAACUGUUGGAAACGACUUAAGCCAGCUCUUAGUUUCCGCCAUUUUGAGUUACUAUGCAGGAAGAGGGCAUAGGCCUAGAUGGAUGGCCCUGGGUAUGUACACUGUGGUACUUUUCUGUAUAAUGACAGCGUCGCCACAUUUUCUAUACGGAGCUGGAGAAGAUGCUCUCUCAUUAACGAUGGAACAUAAGCACUACAGCAAUUCUUCGUAUGAUGAAUAUUUACAUCAAUCGUUAUCAUAUCACAGAAAAGAUUUAUGUCAAAAUAGGAAAGUUAAUCACAAAAGCUGUAAAUUGGAAGAAGGGAAUUAUACCCCACAGCUGAUUUUAUUUGCAGCCCAGUUUAUAUCCGGCAUUGGGGGAUCCUUAUACUACACUUUGGGGAUUUCUUAUAUGGACGACAACGUCAAAAGAUCUAAAACACCCGCCCUUUUUAGUUUUAGCUAUUUCAUUAGAAUGCUAGGUCCAGCUUUAGGCUAUGGAUUGGCUUCGCUGUGCUUGAAGAUUUAUGUCACUCCGACAUUGACCCCUAUCAUAGAUAAUAAAGAUCCUAGAUGGCUUGGUGCUUGGUGGUUGGGAUGGAUUAUCCUAGGAAUUGUGAUUUUUUUUCUUUCAACAUUGCUAGCUUUGUUUCCAAAGACUUUACCUAGAGCUGCUGUGAGGAAGGAGUUACUAAAACGACAUCUGUCAAGGCAACAAUCACAAACAUCGUCAAUCAGAGGCAAUGUCGAAACCGACAUUCCUACUUCCUUUAAAGAUAUGAUAAAAACUUUCCAAAGAGUGAUGAAAAAUCCAAUUUUAAUGAUGAACAACUUUGCAGCAGUUUUCUAUUUCCUGGGAUACAUGCCUUAUUGGAUAUUUUUACCGAAAUAUAUAGAAACUCAAUAUAGGCAGUCCGCGUCGGCCUCAAGUUUGAUAACAGGCAGUGUGGGGUUAAUUUUUUCAGCAAUUGGUAUAUUGCUUUCAGGAAUUGUCAUUUCCAAAUAUAAACCGAAAGCGAGGAAACUGGCUGGAUGGAAUGUUAUUGUUGGGUUGAUAUCUGUUAGUGGAAUUAUAUCUUACGCUUAUUUGGGAUGUAGUGAUACAGACAACAAAACACCCUUAUUACCCAGCGGAGAGUUGAAAUCUGUAACUAACUGCAAUUCGGGCUGUCACUGCGACUUUAUCAAAUACAACCCAGUUUGUUCACAAAAUGGCAAGACUUACAUAUCCGCGUGUCAUGCGGGUUGCCGAGAUGUCAUCAACGUAAAUGGGUCGAACUUAUUUUCUGAUUGUUCGUGUAUUAAACGCGAUGAAGUCCUUAGUCUUGAAAGGAUGACAGAAAUCGGAAAGACACUUCCAAUGGAAAAAAUAUUGGAAAGCACAUCACAAAAGGCUGGUUUUGCUACACCGGGAACUUGUCAAGUGGAUUGUUUGUUCCAGUUUUAUAUUUUCUUAGCUGUCGUAUGUCUUUUGAAGUUUAGCGGAGCUACAGGAAGAGCUUCGAAUUUUCUCGUCACUGUCAGAUGCGUAGAAGAAAAAGAUAAAGCAGUAGCUAUGGGUUUUGCAUUAAUGAUGAUGAGUCUUUGUGCUUUUGUUCCAUCUCCUAUACUUUUUGGCAUAAUUUUAGAUAAGGCUUGCCUGGUUUGGGGCCGAACUUGUGCAGGGCAUGGUAAUUGUUGGCUUUACAAUGGAGAAACAUUGAGAUAUACAGUAAAUUUUACAGCUGCAACUUUUGUAUUUAUUGGUACCUUAUUUGAUAUUGCAGUCUGGUAUUUUGUAAAAGACUUACAUAUAUUUGAUGAGGAAUUCGAGUUAGAAGAGGCUGUUGAUGUGAAGUGAUAUAUUUUUAUAAUUUUAAAUAAAUUUUUUUGUUAUAGAAUAGAACUUUUUAUUUGAAUAUGAAAUGUAAAUUAUUAUUUUUCUUUGAAAUUCAUCUUUUUCAAUAAAAUAUAUAUUUAUUCGAAAA